AUGAAUACAAGCUUCAGCAAUGAAUUACAACAAUUACAAAUGGAGCUUCGUGCUCAAAAUUUUGAUAUUAUUCGUUUUUCAACAUAUCGUACAGCGUGUAAAUUACGUUUUAUUCAAAAGAAACUUAACUUUCAUCUUCUCGAUUUAUUAAAUGUAAUUGAAUCACUUCGAGAAUGUUUAACUUGGCCAUCAUCUGAAUUAAGUUCAAAUAGUUUAUCACCAACAAGUCGUCGUACACCAACGCCAAUACAUACGUCAUUAUCAAAUAAUGAUCAAUAUCUUUCAGUAAAUCGUUUAACAGCAUUUUUAACAUCAAUUUAUACAAACUUAAAUAAACGUUUACCAUCAUCACAACAAAUUCUUCAUAUUGAUAAUUGCGUUCAUUCAGCUAUAGCUUGGUUUUUAUACGUUUAUAAUAAUAAUAAUAAUAAUGAAUUGCCAAAUAAUAAUAUAUCUAUACGUUUUAAUUCAUUUCGUGUUGUACUUGUACUGUUAUGUACAGGAAAAUUAGUUGAUAAAAUGCGUCAUUUAUUUACAUCAUAUUUAUCAUCAUCAAUGAAUGCAUUAACAUAUGGACAAAUUGAUGAACUUUUGCAUGAAAUUCUUGCAUUACCAUAUGCAUUGCAAGAAAUAUCAUAUUCAACAUAUCGUUCGAAUAAUGCACAAUUAAUGUUUUCACAUUUAUCAACAACAUUAGUUAAUCUUGAUGAUUUCCUUGAUACAUUAAUUUAUAAUGAUACAACACCAAAUUGCUUACAAUGGUUAAUAAUAUUUCAUCGUUUAAUCAGUGUAGAAAAUGUUAUUCAUCGGGUUAAAUGUUCAGGUUGUCAACGUGCAUCAUUUUCUGGUUUUCGUUAUAAAUGUCAACAAUGUCAUGAUCGAACAUACCAAUUAUGUCAAGAUUGUUUUUGGCGUGGACGAGUUUCUGAUCAACAUUUACCAACACAUGAAAUGAAAGAAUAUACUUUUUUUACAUCACCUGUUAAAGAAUUUCGACAAUCAAUUCGAAGAUCAUUUCAAUGUAUGCCAAAAAAUGAAGAACGUCGUCCAAAUACGACUUCAUCCUCAUCAUCCUCACCACGUUUCUUUUCAUGGAAAUGUCGAAAUAGUAGUACAAAACGAAAUCAGCAACUAAUGAGACAGCACCAACCAGUACAACCACAACAACAACAAAAUACACCAGUAUCAGUAUCAUCACCAUCAAGUCCACUAAUGAUCGAAAAAGAACAAAUAUCAUCAUGCUCAUCACCACAACUUAUUCGACUCAGUACACCAAAACCGUCAAAUCUUGAUGAGCAACGAUCAUUAUUAACAACAAAAACUGACAUUAAAAAAAUUGAUGAAAAUGGAAAUGAUUCUGAUAUGGAUGAACAUGUACAAAUAGCAUAUUAUGCUCAACAAUUAGCAUCUAUUGGUGAAAAACAAAAACACAACCCAACUGGUAUUCAACCACCAAUAAGAUUUUCUUCAUGUCCAAUGAAUUUACAAACUAAUAAUCAAUAUUAUUCAAGAAUGACAGCAACAACACCAUCAGCAAUAGUACCAAUGUCAUCUAUUCGAUCAAUGCACAUGGAUCAUCAAAGUGCAGAAAAACGUUUAAUUAUAUCUAAACUUGAAGCGCAAAACAGACGUAUUCUUCGUGAAAUAAAUACAUUACGAACUCAACUUAAACGUCGUAAUUCACUUGAUUAUGCCAAUUCAAAUUUACCAAAUGAUUUUCAUGCAUAUAGUGAUACAGAUGCAUAUACAACGGGUCUUUAUCCAUCAUCAUCUGGUUUAUCAUCAUCAAUGAAUCGACUUGAACAACGUUACACACAAACGUUACCACAUCAACGUACAAAUCCACAUAAUGAGUUAUCAUCUUAUCAUCAAUAUCAACAAUCUCAAUCAACACGUAGUCGUAUUCAUCAAAUGAGACGUGCUGGUUCAACAGAAACAAAUCCAUAUUUAGAGCAAGAAUUACAAACAUUAUUAUCACGUAAACAUCAAUUAGAAUCACGUAUUGAUCAUUUACAACAAAGUCGAGAAGAAUUAACAACACAAUUGGAUACACUUGGUAAAAUUUUACGUUAUUCACCUAAUACACAACAACGAUCAUCGACAAUGAGUCCAAAUGGUCGUUUAAGUGUUUCACCAUCACGAAUGGUUUAUCAUACACAUGGAAAUACUUCAAAUACAAGAAAAAUUAAUCCUAAUGUUUCAUUUCGAAGUUAUUCAACACCACCAACACCUCUUCAUGAUUUAUUAACACCUACUGAAACAAGUAUCAACGAACCAAUAUCAAUAAGUCAACAUACAAAAUCUCUACGAACCGAUCUUCUUAUAGCAGCUGAUUCAUUAACAUCAGCUAUGUCAUCACUUGUUCAACAAUUAAAUACUGAAAGUUCUGAAUCUCUUCCCACAACAGUUAAUAAUACACCAUCUAAAAAUGGAUAUAAUUCUACAAAUGACAACAAAACAAAUUUUAACGACAAACUACUUCCAAAAACUUCAAUUACUAGUAGUAGUACCAAUAAUAAUAAUAAUCCAAAUGAUAUUAUUGAAAAUGAUAGUGGAAGUCGAACGGAUGAAGAAUCACUUCUCACAUCGGAUGAUGAAGAUGAUGAUGAAAGACGUGAAGAACGUACAACAGAUGAUGAUCUUUUACGAACAACUGAUGAUGAUGAUGCUGGUGGUGGUGGUGGUGGUGGAAUUGCUCAAGCAAUAAAUUCAUAUAGUUUAUCAUCAACGAAACGAAUAGAGCCUUUGACAAGCGAACAACAACAGUGA